AUGUCUGCGGCUGUGAUGCAGGGCACAGCGCCCGUAGAGCGCCGCGACUCCUCCAGCGGCGGAGCGGAGAUUGCGUACGUUAGCUACGGCGGUGAGCAGCACCUCCCACUGGUGAUGUCGCUGGUGGACGCGGAGCUCAGCGAACCCUACUCCAUCUUCACCUACCGCUACUUCGUCUACCUCUGGCCACAGCUCACCUUGCUCAUUCGUCCGAAGGCGUUUGAUGCAAAGGAUGGUAAGUGCGUGGGGACAGUGGUUUGCAAAAUGGGGGAGCACAGAGGCGCCUUCAGGGGGUACAUCGCCAUGCUCGUCGUCCUCAAGCCCUACCGAGGACGAGGAAUCGCAACUGAGCUGGUUACUAGAGCCAUUCGGGUAAUGAUGGAAUCUGGUUGUGAGGAGGUGACGCUUGAAGCAGAGGUUACAAACAAGGGUGCCCUCGCUCUGUAUGGCCGCCUAGGUUUUAUCCGAGCAAAGAGGCUGUAUAGAUACUAUCUAAAUGGCGUGGAUGCUUUUCGUCUCAAAUUACUGUUUCCACGCCCCGAUCUUGGUCUAGAUCCAAUGAUGAUGCUUGGUGAUGAGAGGGAUGGUCAACACAUGGAUUCUCCGUACUUGUGA